UUGACUCGUCGUGAUAUGGUGAGAAUGGCUGUGACCAAGUCUUCCCCUUUGCUCGUCGGACCGGCGAUCGAGCCCGACCAGAGGACGACGCCGCCGGCCGCCGGCGUCCGGACCAUCGACGUCUCCUCCUUCGACAAGCCGCUCGCCUUCAGCCCUUUCACAUCGUUCGCCAUCUUCACCCAAGCCAUCCGCGAGCCUGCCGAAACCAUACGGAAGGCGCUGUCGCGAGCUCUGGUCCACUACCCGCCUAUCGCCGGCCGCGCCGUCGUCGGCGCCGGCGACGAGAUCCGCAUCGCGUGCACCGGCGAGGGCGUCGAGUUCGUGGCUGCCAGGGCCAGCUGCGCCCUGGCCGACGUCGGCCUCUUCGACCAGCCUUUCGCGGCGCUGCUGCGGGAGCUCGCCGUCGACUACGCCGCCGGGCACUGCCGGGAGGCCGACCCGUUGCUGCUCAUGCAGGUCACCGUGUUCUCCUGCGGCGGGUUCGUCGUCGGGACAACGUGGAACCACGUCGUCGCCGACGGCACGGGGAUAGCGCAGUUCCUGCAGGGCGUCGGCGACCUCGCGCGUGGGCUGCCGCGGCCGUCAGUGCCUCCGGUGUGCUGCGGCGACACACCGCCGCUGCCGGAGCUCCCGCCGCUGGUCACUGCGUUGGAGAAGGGCGUGGUGAGCCAAGAACACAAGGACUUCGUCUACCUGGACAUCACCGUGCCGUCGAGCUGCAUCGACCGCAUAAAAGCAGAGUACCGCGCCGGUAACCCCGACGACGAGGCCUGCACCGUCUUCGAGGCAGUCACCGCCGUGCUAUGGCAGUGCCGGACUCGGGCCGUCAUGUCUGACGACUCCGGCGCCGCCGACACCCCUGCACCGCUCAUCUUCGCGGCGAACGUGCGCAAGCACGUCGGUGCCAUGGACGGCUACUACAGCAACUGCAUCACCUCGCAGGUGGUUGCUCCGACCAGCCGCGUGGUGGCCGACAGCGACAUCAACGACGUGGUCAGGAUAAUCAAGCGCGCCAAGAAGCAGAUCCUGGCCCAGUUCAUCGCCCCGGCCGGGGAGGAAAAAGGAGACGGCGGCGUGAGCGCGGAGCAGCUGGCCGACGGCGCGCUGUUCGGGUACAGCUCGUUCUACGUGCUGAGCUGGCGGAACCUCGGUUUCGGCGAGGCGGACUUCGGCGGCGGAACGCCGGCGCGGGUGAUGUGCCACGUGGAUCCGUCGUCGGCGCCGAGCUGCGUGGCGUGCCUGCCGUGCGCGACGAAGGAUGGGGCCAGCGUGCUCUCUCGGUGUGUCAAGGAGGAGCAUGUCGAUGCCUUUGUCGCUGAGCUUGCCAAGUUCUCAUCUAAGUUUUAGAUAUACAGAUAUACAUUAAUUGGUUGAGGUAUGAUGAGUUGAUCCUAUCUACACGCGUCGUAUACGCGCACGCCUGUAAGUCACGGCCGGGGCUGUUCUCGUCUCCUAUAAAUACAUUACGAUUUUUUUUCUUCCAUCAAAUACGGAUGGCGUAUA